AUGGGUUCAAGUGGGAAUCCAAAACGACAGGCCAACGAACAUUUUGUUCUGGAAAUCGCAUCUACCUCUUCUGGAUGGUUUCCUAAAACUCGGCUUCCAGGUCCUAUCAGCGAUAAUCGUGAUGAUGAUGACUACGACGACGCCGUUGGUGAUGAUGAUGAUGAUGAUGACGAUGAUGAUGAUGAUGAUGAUGACGACGAUGAUGAUGAUGAGGAGGAGGAGGAGGAGGAGGAGGAGAAGAAGAAGAAGAAGGAGGAGAAGGAGGAGAAGGAGGAUGGUGGUGGUGGUGGUGGUGGUGGUGGUGGUGGUGGUGGUGGUGGUGGUGGUGACCUCAGAACGCUUGGCUAUGACAUAUCUUUACUGUCCACUGAUUGCGCAUUUGCAUUCGCUCUGCUCAAAUUCGACUAUUUAAUGCGGACGCCAGAGUUAUCGUUUGAAAAUGAAAUUAACAUCCUAAUUGCGUUGUGGAUAUUUGGCCCCUGA